GAUUCUCAUGCGAGAGGAUGGGUGUGACUCUCCGGGAGGCUGGCCUCCACCUCCCUGCUUAAGUACACUAUUGAAUUACCUUCCUCUUUGCCAUGCCUCCUCCUGCCAGAGGGAGCCCAGGACGAGAGAGAGCGUGUCGGGAGCCAGCGAUCUGCUCAGUGGUGCAUUUGGGGUGGCAGGGGGGGAAAAGGAGGAGGAGGAGGAGAGAAUCUGGAUAAGAAGUAAUGAUGGCUGACGCUGAAGCAGACGUGGGACUCCCCAAUAUUGAGAGGAAGCCAGGCCUCCAGAUAUGGACCAUAGAGAAAAUGAAAAUGGUUCCUCUUCCCGAGAAGGCCUAUGGGAGUUUUUUUGAAGGGGACUGUUACAUCAUCUUAAACAACACAAAGACACGUUCCGGAUUCGCCACGGACCUGCACUACUGGAUUGGGCACGAUUCCUCCCAGGACGAACAAGGCGCGGCUGCUUUCUACGUGACUCAGAUGGAUGACCUGCUCGGCGGGAACCCCAUCCAGCACCGAGAAGUGCAGGGACACGAGUCGGCAGCCUUUAAAAGUUAUUUCAAGAACGGCAUCAUCUAUAAGAAGGGAGGAGUUGCUUCAGGGUUCAAGCAUGUGGAGACCAACAUGUACAAUAUCAAACGCCUCCUUCACGUCAAGGGGAGGAAACACGUCUCAGCUACAGAGGUAGAUCUCUCCUGGAACAGUUUCAACAAAGGAGACGUCUUCCUGUUGGACCUCGGCAAAGUCUUGAUUCAGUGGAACGGUCCCUUGUGCAACGUUGCAGAGAAAUCAAGGGCCAUGGUCUUGGCGCGAAGUAUCCGGGACGGCGAGAGGGGGGGCCGUGCUCAGAUUGGCAUCAUCGACAAUGAGAAGGACUGCCCAGACCUCAUGCAGAUCAUGAAAGCGGUGCUGGGGGAGAGGCACGGGGAGCUGCGGGAAGCAUUGCCUGACGAGAAAGCUGAUGAACUUCAGAAAGCCAACGUCCGUCUUUACCACGUCUAUGAAAACGGGAAGGAUUUGGUAGUUCAAGAAAUAGCUACCCGGCCCCUGACUCAAGACCUCUUGCAGCAUGAGGACUGUCACAUUUUGGACCAGGGAGGUUUUAAAAUUUACGUCUGGCGUGGAAAAGACUCCAGUAAAGAAGAGAAGAAGGCAGCAUUCAGCCGAGCAGUGGGUUUCAUCCAAGCCAAAGGGUAUCCUCCCACCACGAACGUAGAAGUCAUGAACGACGGAGCGGAGUCGGCGAUGUUUAAGCAACUCUUCCAGAAGUGGUCGGAAAAAGACGAGGCCCAGGGACUUGGCAGGACCUUCAGCGUUGGCAAAAUUGCCAAAGUGGAUCAAGUCAAAUUUGACGUCACUCAGUUGCACGCGAGACCGGAGUUGGCUGCUGAACAACGGAUGGCAGAUGAUGCCUCUGGAAAUGUAGAGGUGUGGAGGAUUGAGGAUCUAGAAAUGGCUCCGGUUGCUCCCAGGACCUACGGGCAGUUCUAUGGCGGGGAUUGUUACCUCAUCUUGUACACCUACACAAAAUUAGGCAGGCCUCAUUACAUCAUCUACAUGUGGCUUGGCCGCCAUGCCUCAGCGGAUGAAAUUACUGCCUGCGCCUUCAAUGCUGUGGAGCUGGACAAAAAAUACGGGGAUGAGCCGGUGCAGGUUCGAGUGACGAUGGGGAAGGAGCCGAGGCACUUCCUCUCCAUCUUCAAGGGGAAACUGAUCAUCUAUGAGGGAGGCACAAGUCGUGCCCAGAAGAGCGAGCCGGAGCCCGCUGUCCGGCUCUUCCAAGUGAGGGGGACAGAUGAAUUCAACACCAAGACCGUCGAAGUCCCAGCACGAGCCUCCUCGCUCAACUCCAACGAUGUCUUCCUUCUCAGGACCAACCAAAUGUGCUACCUGUGGUGUGGAAAGGGGUGCAGUGGGGACGAGAGGGAGAUGGCCAAGAACGUGGCCGACAUUAUCUCCAAGAGGGACAAGCAGACCGUGCUAGAGGGCCAGGAACCAGCGGAGUUCUGGGUCGCGCUUGGAGGCAAAGCCCCCUACGCCAGCGAUAAGAGGUUCCAAGAGCAGUUUGCCCAGUACCAGCCCCGCUUGUUCGAGUGCUCCAAUCAGACGGGCCGGUUCAUCAUGACAGAGAUUGUGGAUUUUUGCCAGGAUGACUUGGACGAAGAUGACGUCAUGCUGCUGGACACCUGGGAGGAGAUUUUCCUUUGGGUUGGCAAAACUUCCAACGACUAUGAGAAGAAGGAGUCCAUGCCCUCGGCCAAAGAGUACCUGAAGACCCACCCAGCGGGAAGAGACUUGGGGACACCGAUUAUUGUGGUGAAACAAGGUCACGAACCCGUCAACUUCACGGGCUGGUUCACCGCUUGGGACCCGUACAAGUGGAGUGAUGGCAAGUCCUCCUACGAGGAUAUUAAGAGCAGCUUGGGAAACGUAGCCAGGAUUUCGGAGAUCACCGUGGACUUUAAAAACGCCAACUUGAACAACAGGAACACCAGCAGUAAGCCUGCCACCAAUUCAGCCGUUUCAGAGACUGAAAGAAGGCCGCCAGUACACCAACCGCCCUCCAGCAACGGCGGCAGCGACGGCGGCAGCUGCAACAACAACCCCACCUCCGUGGAGACCAAUGGGACUGGGGCAUAUCACAGAGAUGCUUUGAUCAACAAGACGGUGGAUGACCUUCCAGAGGGAGUGGACCCCACCAAGAAAGAGUACUACCUGUCUGACGCAGAUUUUUAUGACAUCUUUGGGAAGACCAAGGACGAGUUCUACCAGAUGCCCAGGUGGAAGCAGCAGAAUGAGAAGAAACAAUUUGGACUCUUUUGAGCAAAGGAGCUUUGGGCCUGCACACCUGCCUGCCUGCCGGCUCCUUAGAACUCAUUUUGGA